UCGCUCCGCUUCAGCCGCCGUAGCAAGACGGGAGGGAAAACUUCUUACGACGGAGUUUGCUCAGCUGCAUGUUGUGGGGGAGCAUAUGGCAUUUUGCGGUUUAAAUCGUGCCGAAGGGAGGGGGCUUUUUAACAGGCUCCAAGAAAUAGAAAAGGGCAUUUCAAGGUCCUUGACGUCUUGAUUCCCUUCGUUGAGCAGCCUAAAAUCCUUUUUUAAAUUUGGGGACUAGGAUAUUAUAACAUUUUGCUUCUUUCCUUGCAUCUUGUAAACAUCAUGGCUUUCUUGACAACUUUUCUCCUUGUAUGCCUUGUAACGACCGUCUUUACCGGGUUCUUCUCCGCCAAUAUGGUUCUCAUCGAUUGGUGGGCAUCGAAACUGUAUGCAGCAGGAUACCUCAAACGGAGAACAAAGUCCAUGAGCAAAGACAAAAAAGAAGCAGAGCGACAAUCGCCAUUGAGGAUUUUGGAGAAUGCAAAGAUAUAUUGGUUGACUGUAGUUGGCGUGGUGAUUUAUAUUGUCAAUAAGACAUUGCCUAUGUUGGAUCAAGUGGAUUAUUCGUUCAAGGUUGUAGAGACUUGGGCUUCCUUAUGCCUCAUUUACAUUACUUUUGACUUUUUGUACUUUUUUACCCACCGUUUCGUACAUGAAGUCCCCGCCCUCUAUCAAAGCAUCCACAAAAGGCAUCACGAAGAUGUCCCAGUAGACGCUUACACCACCGGCCACGCCGAACUCUUGGAAAACUUUAUCUUUACGUUUCCGGGUGUGCUUUUGUGGGCGGUUUUGUACAUGAAUAUGGUGGAUGUACCCAAUGCGUGGGCGAUUACACUCCCGGUAUUGAGUCUUACGAGUGAUUUUGCGAUGGUUCACGUUGGGUACUUUGACCAUAUUCUCUUAAAUAUCUUGAACCCCCUAUCGUACAUUAUGCAACUCUCAUUGGGAGCCCGUCAAAUGUACGCCCGACACGAACUGCAUCAUGUUACUGUCAAAAAGAAUUAUGGGCCGGUCCUCCCGUACUGGGAUAUGAUUUUCGGUACACAAAAGGAGGUUGUUGAAGCUGAAUGGGGUCUUGACGUUCACAACGAGAAAGGCGGUGAAUGAUUUUUGUAUUUAGUGUAUUAUCUGUAGUUAAACGAGGGUACAUGGGUCAGUCGUUGGGUUUAAUGUACUUUUGUUAGCGUUAGUUGGUAGUAUUCUCAAGCGUAUAGAUAUCUGUAUCCCCCAUUUCACAUUCCAAUAAAAUCACAAUCACCACCGUAAUGCAGCAAGACAAA